UAACGCUGUAAAUGACGUCAUCUAGUAUUUGGAAAUGAGUACCAUAAGAGGAACUCUGGUCUUGUUGCUGCACGCGCACUGUUUAAUUACACCAUGCAAGGGGAUUGUAAGCUCAGACCUAUUUGCAAACAGCACUCCUUUCAAAGAAACGUGUCACGAGAAGCGACUUAUCCGGACGUUACUGUCUGAAUAUGAAUCCCGUGGCCGGUUGGGGCGGCCCAUCGACCAGGAGAACAACACGCUGGACGUCUUCUUCGGACUCACGCUGAUACAGAUACUGGACCUUGAUGAGAGGAACCAGGUGCUCGCCACGAACGUGUGGGCAUCAUAUGCCUGGCACGACCGGUAUCUGAGUUGGGAUCCCGAGCUGUUCGGUAACAUCAGCAAGGUUCGAGUCCCAGCCAGCGCCGUGUGGAUCCCGGACAUCAAACUUUACAACUACGCCGAUGAGCGGCUGGAGGAGCGGCGUGACGCCUCUGUUGUCCUGCAGCAUGACGGAGGCGUUCAGUGGCUGCCACAGGCAAUCUACAAGAGCUCCUGCUCCGUCAACAUUCAGUACUUCCCGUUCGACAUGCAGGUCUGCAAGAUGAAGUUCGGCUCCUGGACGUACGACGGUAGCAAGAUCAACCUGUCUCUCCUACAUGCCGACAUCGCCGCCGGAUUUGACUUGACCGAGUAUAUCGAAAACAACGAAUGGACGAUCGUGUCGUCGGCGGCAAAACGGAAUGUGAUAAAGUACGCGUGCUGUCCGGGGGAGCCGUUCAUUGACAUCACGUUCGAGCUGCAGAUGCGCCGACAGCCGGCCUUCUACAACUAUAUCCUCAUUCUGCCAUGUAUUUUGCUGUCAUCCUUGACGUUGGUUCUGUUUUGGCUGCCACCGGAAACGCCAGCAAAGAUGCAGCUUGGUAUGAACAUCUUUGUGGCGUUCUUUGUGUUGUUGUUGCUGUUGGCCGAGUCAACACCCCCGGCGUCUUCUUCCAUACCACUCAUAGGUGCCUACUAUUGUCUCAACAUGAUUCUCAUCACCUUGUCUGCCUUCCUGUCGGUUUUUGUUGUCAACCUAUACUUCCAUGGAGCGCGCAGUGAGGUACCGUGGAUUGUUAAAAAGAUUGUCAUCGACCUAAUGGCAAGAGUCUUCUGUAUGCGUAGUCACGUGCGUGAAUUCUCGGACAUCAGAUCACGUGACAAAACCUACACUGACCUUCCGCUUCUGAGUGAUAUCCACUUCAACAAUAGCACCGAGAUGACCCAUACGAACGAAGUAGCACCGGUGGAGGACCGUCCAUUCCCCAACUCAAAGGCGUUCACAACCGGAAGCACGGACCUUACUGAGGAGUCGCGCUGGCUGGCGGUCGUAAAGCGCGACAUCCGGGAGAUCCGCGAUCAUUGCUCAUACAUGAUGGGCAAGCAGGUGAAAACGGAGCGGUCGGACAAGAUCACCAAGAAUUGGCGGCUAGUGGCGAUUGUGCUCGACCGGUUCUUCUUCUUUAUCUAUCUAAUUAUCAUGGUUGUCUCGGUAACGACCGUGUUUGACUUUGUGAUAUUUGGGAAAGACGGCAACAGCAGCUCGGAUUGAUGACUCUUGGACUCUCGAGCGUUUUGAAUAAAACAAUAUUUAUGAGAAAAUAGACCAAUCAAAUUACGUUUUGCCCAUAAACUAAAUAAAUAAAACGUAUGUUUUUAUGUAUGUAUGUAUAUAU